UGCAUUGCCUGCUUCCAUUAGAUACCCUCCUCCAGGUGAAUGACACUCUGAUUUAUGAGAACUCUGGUGUGCCGAGUUAAAACAUUUCCAAGUCCUCGAUCUCGAUCCUAUGCAUCUAUGACCCAGGGUGGGACUAAGGGUCUUGACCUUGUCACUUUUCCUGAGGACAAGACAAGAGGAGCAGAUGAAUCCAACUGUGAAUGCAGUGUCCCAGAAAAGAGAGGCAAAAAUCCUUUUUAGUACACUGACCCAUCCCAAUUUGUGGUUAAGUCAUCUGCAAUGCUCGCUUGUAGUUUUAAUAGCAAAAGGCAACUGGGAAAUUGGUUUUGGUAUUAAAUCUAUAAGAAAAAGGUAAAUGAGUUCUUAGGUUGUUUCCUCCCCCACUCCCCAAUUUUUAAAGAUGGUAAUUAGGAGAACUAACACUAGCCAGGCUUGAGUGAAUGCAGACAAGACCCCUAUAGGCAGCACAGUGUAUUAGUGUAAAAAUAUGCAUAGACAACAUAACUUGUCAGAGAGGAUUAUUUCUACUUAGUGAAUCUGCAGGAGCCCCUUUGCUCUACUAUUCAGCAUUUGACUAGGGCCGAGAGUGGGAAGGGGGGGGGGAGAGAGAGAGAGAGGGAGAGAGAAAGAGAGGGCGCGUUAGUGAGCAGCCACUGUGGCAUUGAUGUUUGAGCGUACUUCUGAACUGGCUUUUGUUGAGACUAUCAGUAUAGAAGCAUGCGCUGUCCCAAAUCCGCUGUUACUAUGAGAAAUGAAGAGCUGCUUUUAAGUAACGGCACAGCCAACAAGAUGAACGGAGCUUUGGAUCACUCAGACCAACCAGACCCAGAUGCCAUUAAGAUGUUUGUCGGACAGAUCCCCCGGUCGUGGUCGGAAAAGGAGCUGAAAGAACUUUUUGAGCCUUAUGGAGCCGUCUACCAGAUCAACGUCCUCCGGGACCGGAGUCAGAACCCUCCGCAGAGUAAAGGUUGUUGUUUCGUAACAUUUUAUACAAGAAAAGCUGCACUUGAGGCCCAGAAUGCACUGCACAAUAUUAAAACUUUACCUGGGAUGCAUCAUCCCAUUCAGAUGAAACCUGCAGAUAGUGAAAAGUCAAACGCUGUGGAAGACAGAAAAUUGUUCAUAGGAAUGGUUUCGAAGAAAUGUAAUGAGAAUGAUAUCAGGGUGAUGUUUUCUCCAUUUGGCCAGAUAGAAGAAUGCCGGAUCCUCCGGGGACCUGAUGGGCUGAGUCGAGGCUGUGCGUUUGUCACAUUUUCUACAAGGGCAAUGGCACAGAAUGCAAUCAAAGCCAUGCAUCAGUCUCAGACCAUGGAGGGCUGCUCUUCACCUAUCGUGGUGAAGUUUGCUGACACUCAGAAGGACAAAGAGCAAAGGCGCCUCCAGCAGCAGCUCGCUCAGCAGAUGCAGCAGCUCAACACUGCCACCUGGGGGAACCUGACGGGGCUGGGCGGACUCACCCCGCAGUAUCUGGCGCUCCUGCAGCAGGCCACCUCCUCCAGCAACCUGGGUGCGUUCAGUGGCAUUCAACAAAUGGCAGGCAUGAAUGCUUUACAAUUGCAGAACCUGGCGACGCUGGCUGCUGCUGCAGCUGCGGCCCAGACCUCAGCCACCAGCACCAAUGCAAACCCUCUCUCUACCACGAGCAGCGCCCUGGGAGCCCUGACAAGUCCCGUGGCUGCUUCGACCCCAAACUCCACUGCUGGUGCAGCCAUGAACUCCUUGACCUCUCUCGGGACUCUGCAAGGACUGGCUGGGGCCACUGUUGGACUGAAUAAUAUUAAUGCACUAGCAGGUACCAUCAACAUUGCUCAAAUGCUCUCAGGUAUGGCGGCUCUGAAUGGAGGACUUGGCGCCACAGGCUUGACGAAUGGCACGGCUGGCACCAUGGACGCCCUCACCCAGGCCUACUCAGGAAUUCAGCAGUAUGCAGCGGCCGCGCUGCCCACUCUGUACAGCCAGAGCCUGCUGCAGCAGCAGAGUGCUGCUGGCAGCCAGAAGGAAGGUCCAGAGGGGGCAAACCUCUUUAUUUACCACCUUCCACAAGAAUUUGGAGACCAGGACAUUCUGCAGAUGUUCAUGCCUUUUGGAAAUGUUAUCUCUGCUAAAGUCUUCAUUGACAAACAGACCAAUCUGAGCAAGUGCUUUGGUUUUGUUAGCUACGACAAUCCAGUCUCUGCACAAGCUGCUAUCCAGGCUAUGAAUGGCUUUCAGAUCGGCAUGAAACGCUUGAAGGUGCAGCUGAAGCGCUCCAAAAACGACAGCAAACCUUACUGAUCCUAACCCCAGAGGCUCCCUGCUCUCAUUUUAGCUUUCUUAGGGUAAGUCCCACGAGCCAGCCUGUCUCAACAGGAAAGGCAGAGGAGGACCACAUUGCCAACUUUUACCAAGAGAGACGGUUAUUUUUACAAUAAGGCCUCCAUGUCCCCACCCACUUCCCCUACCCAGUUUGCCAUAAUUAAAACUUGGCCUACCUUGUUUCUAUUGAGUAAAUUCCUCCUCCAGUUGUGCCACUGUAUUCUCCUUUGUUUUGCAAUUUGAAUCUCCUUUUACCUUUUUCUUAAAUUUUUUUUGUUUUUGCUUUUUUAAAGAGAAGCAUAUACACAAAUAAAUGGCAUCUUGAGAAUUUAAAAGGCAAACAAACGCUAAUGUGCAAUUCUAACUCUGAAACCACUGGUGCCCCAAGAGCACUGCCUGGAGAAUUCACCCCUCCUUGCCCGGCACCCGCCCCUGGAGGGAGGGCCCGGCACUUAGAGGUUAACGGUGGCCUAGGAGAGGGAGAAGCCAGGAGAAGCACUUACUCCAACCACACGUCUUUCCACUACAUCGGCUUGUUUUACUAAGUAGGAUUUUAUUUUAGGGUUCAAAGAAACAUAACAUUUAUUGGUCAAAUUAUUACACUGGUUGUCUACUUCGUUAUUGUUUUAUUUUAGUUUUUAGAAAGGAUUAAUGUACAAAAAGAUUUAGAGAUCUGUUUCUUAAAGCUACAGGGUUUAAAAAAUAAAAAUGAGUGAAAAUACUUGAUGUUUCUUGAAAGAUAAAUUUAAUAAUAAUAAAUAAAUACAUAAAUACAUAAAUAAAAAAGCCACAGGCCUGUAAAUUUUAUUUGUAAAAAAAGCAUUUCUAUUUUUAUACAAAAUUUUUACUGCCUCAGAAAUAAUGGAAGUUAUUUAUUGCCUAUUGUUAACUUAUUGGGUACCUAAAGAGCAGUUCUCUGUCUAGCUAGAACCUUCUGAAGUAGUCUCUAGAGGAAUUGUUCUAGGAAUGGGCUUUUUUUCACCGUUGAACCCUAGACCUAAAGUUCAUGCUUUAUCUUCUCGUUGUUUGUAUCUGUCUGAUGAUUUUGUUCGUAACUUCCAUUAUCUAGUUUACAGUUCAGUCGUCUGACUUUCCCCGUAUGUCACAUUUGUUGAAACUGGACCCUCUCCCCUGUCCCUCACCCCACAACAUCCAGAAUCCAUCCCCUCACUCUCUCCAGAUGGAUUCUCUUGGGGUUUCAUUGUGCUGUGGAUAAAGAGUGUAAGAAAUGCAAAUUAUGUGAAUGGCUCGGAGACUCCCUAAUGACGGAAGAUUUGCAUUAGAUUUUCUCCUGCACCCUUAAAAGUUAUUUUGUUGCUGCUGCAUAGAUUCUGUGUAACUUUUUACUCUUCCUUGUUUUUUCCCUAGACAUCUUCAUGCCCGUUAGUUCAUCGUUUGCCUAGCAUGUCCCUGUGGCGUCUCAAAAAAAAAGUUUCAUCGUCCCGUCAUUGUUUCUGAUGUCUUUCUGACCUCACAUCAUAUUUGGUUCUCCUACUGACCUUUGAUCUAGUUUGACCUUUGAAAUUUGCAUGUGACCUCAUCUAGCUAUGAAUUCUGGGAAGUCAAUGUGAAAAACAUUGCUGCAUUCAUGCAAGACUGAAAUUUAUUAGACAAAUUCAUUAUAGAAAAAACCUGUGGCAAAAAUGUUUUUUUCUUAUUUUUUUUCUUUUCAUAAAACAGACUUGAAAGUAUUAUACAGGGAUUGGCAUUCUUCCCGGUCACUGGUAACAAUAGCAAUAUGUGUCCAGGGACACAGAAUGUUGGUUUCUAACAGACUACUUCCAAAAACAGUUUGAGAAAAAAACUGUCUGAUUUUAAGUCUCUAGAGGUCUGUAAUAGUUUUUACAUUUUUCAGGCAGUGUAAAGUUUUUUGAUAAGGCCAUUUUAGGUGGCUCACUUUCUCAUUAAGAUAUAUAUAUAGAACCACUUUUUGUAGAUUAGUAUAAGAAAAAUAUUUACCCUGUUUUGGGGCAAAUGCUACCUAUUUGUGUCACCUUUUGCUGAACUCACAGUUAGACAAUCCAUGGUUUAAUGCACAUGAAAUUACCUAUAUUUUAUACUGUUUCAAUGUACAGGAGAAAGGUUACUGUAAACUGUGUUAUGUUGGUGCUUCUGUGAAUUAAGUUGUGGUUUCAUCAUGAGUCUUAUGGUCUUAAUGUUCUUUGUUGAUAAGACAAGUUUAGAAUUGGUUUACUUAAUAAAAAAAAGAAUUAAAAAAAAAAAAAAAAGUUGUUUGCUUAAAACAAAUUUCAUGUGAGGGGGAAAAAAAAAACCUAUUCCAGAAUAAGUUUUGUGUUGGCUUGUGAAGCAUUGAUGUCAUUUUUUUUAAUUGUGAACUAUUUAGAUGUGUUUGUGUUCAGCAAAAUGUGAUCUGUUUUUUCUUUUAAAGAAAAAAAGUGAAAAUAUAUAGUGCCAAAUUCCAAAGGUACUUCCUUCCUAGAGCUUCAGUGUGUUUCUUGUGAGAAGUAAUUUGAUAACAUGGGUAUUUUAUUAUGUGUUUUGUAUAAAUCCCUAAUAUUUAAAAAAAAAAAAAAAAAAGGUUAAAAACUUUGUUAACUUGCUAUCCUGUGGUCUUGUUGCCUGAAAUUGUUAUUGUUUGUUAUUUCUCUAAUGUUUUUUGUAAGACAUUGUAUAAGUGCCCAUGUCCCACUUUUUUAACCACUCCACACAUCAGUGCUGUGAAGGCAACCUCACCAUGUAUUUUCUUCAUAAUCUAUGGAAACCUCUAAGGUGAGAAAGUUUUGAACUUUUAACCCUUUCUAACCAGAGCUAUCUGGAAUGUUAACCUUUUCUACUGUCAUGAUUUGAGUUUGUUUUGGGGUGUUUCUAAUUUGGAUAUUUUUCCCUGCAUCUAUCCUCUAAGUUGUUUCCAAUGACUACUUUUUCUUUGGUUAAGAUCCAAAAGAAUUAAGAUCCAAAAGAUUCCAUGAGGCCAAUCUAAAGGGAAAAAAAAUCCUAUACUACUUUUGAUUAUUUCUCAUUGUUUUUUGGAAAAGAAUUCCUACUGUGCUACUAGAAUUCCUUCUGGAGUUUUAAUUAGUAAUUGGAUAAACCCUGAGGGAAAACGGAGGUAGAUUCAGCACCUAACAAUCCUGUAUGCUUUUGAGAUCACAUUUAGCAGUGUGUCCUAGUCUACAAUAGUUUCAUAUACUGUGCAGUAAAACGACUUUGUGGCAGGAUAGUCUCGUGAGGGGUUUUGCUUUUGUUUCUUAACUACUCCUAAAUACUGUUUCUAAUCAGCCAUUAUGCUGGGGCAUCUCCGACCCCAGUAGAUACCUCUGAAUAUACCAGGUGUCUGGAGUUAGAAGCCCAUCGCCCUUUUCCAGCCUUCUUGUUUUUCUUUAAUUGAACGCAUUUAAAGGGGACUGACCAUCUAAGUAAAGCUCAGUUCUUUAUCGCAAUUUACUGACCAAAUACCUAGCACCAAUUCCUGCUGCCACUUUUUAAAGUGCCAUAUGACUUUCUGUGAACAGGUACCUUGCUGUCUUGACAAAUCCUAAUGUCACACCUACUGCCCCAACACAAACUCCAGCCUUCCUCUCUAGCAUGCCCCGGAAGCUUCUUGAUCUCAGCUCCCCUUCCCCGCUCAGCACCCUGUUAGGAUCAGUGUGUGUGGAUGUGAUAGCCCUGGGAUGGAAAGGACUAGCCUCUACUGAUGCAAAAAAAAAUUAAUAACAAACGUUUCCUUCUUAAAGCACAUGCACUUACAAUGACAUGAUUUGUAUUGUCGUCACACGUGUUUACUACUGCUGGGGCCUUCCUUCAUCCUCUGAGGGCUAUUUUGUACUUCCUGCAGCAAUCAGCUUAGUAACAAGUUACCACAUCUGUCUCUCUGAGAAGACGAUGUGUGUCAACACACACAUGGAAACACAAGAGCCCACCACUUGAAUUUCUAAGGCUAUUUCAUUCUGAAACUCCUUAUCAAUUAAAUAAACCUCAACGAAAAACAAUUUUGAUUUCUUUACUGAAGCAGAUGCCCCUCCCCAUUUCCCUCUCAACCCACCUGCAUGCAUCUCCCCCAGAGGAAACACUGAGGGCAGGGGACAAGAGGCUCAGGACCCACACUCCCAGUCGAGUGUUUCUUCUUCACGAGUAACCAAGAGAGGACAUGAGGGGGAAAGUCCUUUUUUGCCCUUCUCUAAAAGAUAACUUUCUUCUUCAGAGACAAACUGUCCUUCUAUCCACUUGAUCUUUUAGUAUCAAAAGGACAAAGCUGCAAGGGUGCAAAGGGCCUAUGCCAGAAGAAAACACACAGGGAAACUGCUUUUUUAAUCAAAUGUAGAGAAUAGUUAUUUGUAAUCUAAAUUAGAGAAUUGUGAUACAAUGGCAGUCCUCAAAGGCUUAAUGAGUUCAUCUUUCUUUCACCAUAGGGGUUAGAGUUCUUUGGCUUGUGCUACUCUGGAAUCAUUUCACUGUUUGUUUUUAUUAUCUUAAGUGCUAAUUAAAAAAAUAAAAUUUUAAAAAAAACUUGUAGUUUCAUUACCUUUUUGAAUAAUGUCAUACAAAAAAUGUAUUUGUGUUUUUUUUGUGCUGUGAGAAUUGAUGUUUAUAGAUUAAUAAUCAUUUUGUUUAGAAUUACAAACUAGUUUUUAAAUAUUGUCUGAGAAAAGCCAAAGUUAAUGCACCCUAGUGGAAACUGUAAGACCAUUUGAGUAUUGUUUGUUUUAUUGAUGCAUUUGGAUUUUGUUGUUUGAUGGAAUUUGAGCCAAAAAAAGAAAAAUACGCAGGCUUUCCUAUUUCUACAACUGAUUGUACUUAAGCAUUUUGUACCAGUGGAACUUUUUAUACUGGAGAUUAAAAAAAAGUGGAAAUUUUUGUGGCUUACUCUGGUGGGCCCCUGACAAUGACUGAUUUCAAGUUUGAUUUUGGGUUGAUAGAAAGUUGCUUUUCUUUUGAGAAUUAAAAACUUUGGCUUGAUUUCUUUUUUCCCUUUGCUUAUAUCUAGCAUUAGAAUUUUGUCUUAAAAUAACAGCGGUAAGUUUCACUUUUUAUUCUGUAUUGUGCAGUUAACACAAUAAGGUAAUUAGAUAUUUAGAAGUACUCAGUCACUUUAAGUGGAUAAAUGUAUUAGUUAAAACUUUAGGGUUUGCUUUUUUGCUGUUUAGAUCAAAGUUUUUUCUGAUUCUUCUGUCCUCAUUGUGAACAUAACUGUGUAGUUGAAACAGUCAAACUUAUUUUUGUAAUGUAUGUUAUUGUGUGAUGCAGUUUUUUGCUUCUGUCUCCAAUAUUAAACCAUUUUCCUAAUA